AUGAAUAUCAAACAUCUCCAAUGUCUUCUGGCGGAAGCCAAGGCUUUGCUCGACUCGUAUGAGGCAACUCAAACCGAUACCUUUCGAGUUGAAGCACAGGAAAAGGCUGCCCAGCUGGCACGUGCUCUGGAACGACCCAAAGAUACAAUCGUCAAGCUGGCCUUUUCUCCCACCAUCCUCAUGGCAGUCAAGAUAGCGCAUGAUAUGAAUGUAUUCCCCGUGCUAGCUCAGGCCACGGGCCCAGUCCCUCUGGCCGAGUUGGCAGCAGCAAAGCCCGCGGAUCCCCUUCUAGUCGAGCGCAUCAUGCGAGUUUUAGUCGCCAAUGGCUUCGUAGAAGAGCCAGCUCCCAGCGAAUACCUACCAACUGCGGUAUCCCGACAAAUGACGCAACGCCCAUUGAUUGGAGUCGUGGAAGCACUCUUCUAUGAGUUUUUGCCCUCAAUCAAUAAAGCUCCCGAACAUCUCCAAUCUAUCAACCAUCGCAACCCAGAUGAUCCCCUGUCUGCCGCUCUUCAAUACACGCAUGAUAUGAAUAUAGAUGGAUUUACAUGGCUCUGUCGGAACCCCGAAGCGUUGAAUCGAUUCAAUUACUGCAUGGAAGGACAGAGGGCUGACCGUCCACACUGGGGUGACUGGUUCCCUGUUCACGAACGGCUUCUAGAUCACCCAGAUAUGACUGCCGAGAUACCACUUUUGGUAGACAUUGGCGCUGGUGGUGGUCACGACUUGAUUGGAUUUAGGAAGAGAUUUCCGGAUGCCCCAGGUAAAUUGGUAGUCGAGGAUCUUUUACCUGUCAUUGAGGAACUGCGUGGUGCACAGGAUCUAGAAGCGUCUUCUAUUGACACUGUUGCGCAUGAUUUCUUUGCUGAGGUUCAACCGGUUCGAGGGGCACGCGCGUACUAUUUUAAACACGUCUUGCAUGACUGGUCUGACGAGAAAGCCACCAUCAUAUUUAACAACCUAAAGCCAGCUAUGAGGCGGGGUUUCUCCAAGAUUAUUAUAGAGGAGUAUAUUCUUCCUGAUCAGAAUGCUCGCUUGCUUCCUUGUAUGAUGGAUAUGGCUGUGAUGGUUUUCUGCUCGGGACUGGAGAGAACUCGUCAGCGCUGGAGUGAUCUACUGACAUCUGUUGGCUUGCGAGCCAUAAAGUUCUGGGUGCGUGAGGGCGACGGGUUGGGAAUUAUCGAAGCUGAAUUGGCAGAGAGCGUUUAA